GGCCAGCGGCUGUCCCAUCCUACAGCAGCCUGUCCUCUCCCACUGCAGGCUGUCAUCGAAGUUCACCUUACCUUAUCCCCUCUAUCAGCGGGCUUCUGGUCCACCCUGCAGACGUGGCCUGUCCUCAGAGCUCCUCCCCGCUCCUGGCAUUUCUAUGUACUGCGCUCCCUGCUCUGCAGUCCGGUUCGGUCUGCAGUCUCUGGUCAUCUCCUGUGUACUAUGUCCCAUGUCGGUCUCUGGUCAUCUCCUGUACUGUGUCCGCAGUCUCUGGUCAUCUCCUGUACUAUGUCGGCAAUCUCUGGUCAUCUCCUGUACUGUGUCCGCAGUCUCUGGUCAUCUCCUGUACUGUGUCGGCAGUCUCUGGUCAUCUCCUGUACUGUGUCCGCAGUCUCUGGUCAUCUCCUGUACUGUGUCCGCAGUCUCUGGUCAUCUCCUGUAGUACAGUGGUCACCCCCGUACAGUCAGUCUCUGGUCAUCUCCUGUACUGUGUCCGCAGUCUCUGGUCAUCUCCUGUACUGUGUCCGCAGU